AUGCUCGAUGCGAUGACACCCUUCCAUCCUUCGGAUGUCAAACAGUCCUUCUCUACAAUGUCCUGUCUCUCAACACCAGAUCCACGAGUAUCACGACCAAAACUCACCCUGCAAACCUCCUCUCUCCCACGCACCUUUGGCACCUCCACAACAAGCCUAUCUCUAUCCUUCACAGCGGCACCAGGUGCCUCGCCCACAGUCCGCAACACAUUUAAAAACGCCUACGAUGUCGCAUCUCCUUCAUCCGCAACAGCCUCUCCCAAGGGCACUAGCGUCCACUUCAAUAAUAGCAACAAUAAUAACAACAAUACAAGGCUUAUCUCCCCCUACAUUCCUCACCCGGGGCAACCAAAGCAUAAUUCCCUCUCCAACACAAACAAUACACACCGCAGCAGUCCAUACCAACUGCCUCUAGGAGUACGGAGUAUCCUGCGCAACUCCCCGCUGGAAAUCGGACCCCGGCGACGCUCCGGCUCCAUCUCCGCAGGAGCUAGCGUGCCAGGAACACGCCGAGUGUUCUUCCCAGCCAAGAAACAAGUUAGCUACAGACUGCCACUGGAAGAGGAGAUCCGCACAGAGCGCUAUACGGCCCACCAUCUCGAUCUGGUGCACGAAAACGAACAAGAGGCCGAGGCUGUGCAGCAGACCAAGGCAGAUGCACGUGCGGGAGAUCCACCGGCCGAUCCCGCUGAUUUCGAGAACGAUUCCGACGCACAGUCUACUUCGUCUGGCGAUGACGCUAGCGCUGACGAAGAUGUUUCGGGCUCGACUCUUUCAAAACAUGAAAGGAAGAAGCGGCGGACUGUGGGUAUUCAGCGUCAGGUGCGGGCCGUUGCUCUGUUAGAUGGUUUCGGCGCCGCUGAUCCUUCUUACAAUAACCAAACUUCUUUCCCUCAAACACCUCGUGUUAAGCGGCGGAGAGAGUGGAAGUGGACUCUUGGUCCUAUCGAGACUGAGAAGGUUGUUGAGAAUUGUCCUGACAGUGGUUAUUCUGAUACGCCCAUACAAGGUAUCCCUACCGUGGACGAGCCUCAUGUCACUGAUCAAUGA